AUGUAUUGUUUUUGUUUACACCACAACUUUAACACAUUUACUCAAAAAUGGGAACGCUGGAUUUAUUAUGCACACCCAACACAAUUCAAUCACAACCAUCAUCACAAUUAUGCAAUCCAAGUCGAAGGAAAUCCAUAUCAGGCAAAGGAUAGAGUCAAGUCAGACAAGAGUUUACAAUGUUUAAUAGCUUUACCCGUACACACAGAUCUGUCCAUUAACAUGGCUGCUUCAAAAGAAAGCAAUACGAUUCUAAAUUUACUAGCAAAUACUAUAGGUGCCACGAAAAGCUUACGUACUUAUUCCCAUGAAACAAUCCGUGACGGGAUUAUUACAUUUGCUGAAGUUCUCGCACCAUCUGUAGUGCUAAUCAUCCAAAGAUUGCAAUACUAUUCUAUAUCCAUUGAUGUUGCAUCUCAUGGAAAUAGAAAAGGUUUCUUUGCGAUGAUUAGCAACCCUUCACUCAAAGAAAAGCAUCAUUACGUGGAUACCUGGCUCGCAGAUGGUUGGAAACUUGGACGAGAAAUCCAGAGAUGGUCGGAGCAAUCAUCAGUGAUGGGGGAACAGCUCAGGUAA